UUUGUGCUUCUUAUAGAAAUCUGCAGACAGAAUAAGCUCAUUCAAGAGAAAAAGGAGAAUUUAUUAAAGUUGAUUGCUGAAGUAAAAGACAAAAAACAGGAAGUAGAGGCACUGACUGCAACUAUCCAGGAUCUUAAGGAAGAAUAUGCUAGGAAGAAGGAAACUAUUUCCACUGCUAACAAAGCUAAUGAAGAGAGGUUGAAAAGGCUACAGAAAUCUGCAGACUUGUAUAAAGAUCGACUUGGACUAGAAAUUCGAAAAAUUUAUGGUGAUAAAUUGCAGUUUAUAUUCACUGAUAUUGACCCUAAGCAUCCUGAUCGUCCAUUUAUGUUUUCCCUGUGCCUAAAUGAAGCAAGGGACUAUGAAGUGUCAGAUAGUGCUCCUUAUCUUGAGUGCCUCGCAGAAUUUCAAGAAAAUGUAAGGCAGACCAACAAUUUUUCGGCUUUUCUUGCCAACGUUCGGAAAGCUUUUACUGCCAUGGUUUAUAAUUAAUGUGUAAAUAGUGUGUAAAAACCGUUAUCCCUGUUGUGUUUCUCUUUCUAAAAAACUGUCAUUAUUUGGUGUUUGUCUAUAAUCUUUAUUUUUGUAACAUUUCUGUGUGCUGAUUUUUGUCAAUUAUUUUCAUUAAAAUCUUGGGAAAGAAGGUUUAAGUCAAGCUAUUAGAAGUCAUGGAUCAGUAAUAAUAAAAAAUGAAGGGAGUGAA